AGUUCCAUUGUGCUACCCAAAGUGAGCGGAGAUCGCGCGCGUGUGCUUCAACUCUGUGCGCAGAGCAAAUCAGUGAUCAAUUAGCACUUUUUGGUGAUCAUCCCGGAGACACUCUCAGGCCUCUUUGCCAUGUCGUCGAGUGAUCCCGGGAUUGUUUGUUUCCAGCACUGUGGCCCCAAAGUUUUCUGCAUUAGACUCCCCGAGAGGUGUCCAUCGUGCACCCGGGAUCUCCUGGAAGCCUCCUUCAAGCUUAUGCCAUUCCGACUGCCCUUCCCAUUCGUGAGGGCAUCCCAGUACCCAGGAGCUGUUGUUCUCAGGCCCACAGCUGGAGAUUUUCUAAAUGAGUAUUUUAACAGCAAGGAUCUCCAUAUUGGGGUUACAACCUCAACGGGGGCCAUUGUGGAGUUUGAUCGAUGUGGCCUAAGGCGGCAUACCGACAAAGGGAGUCAAAGUUCAUGGGGACAGAGUCUGCUAGUAGAACAAAUACCUGAAGCAUGGAUUGAUCACUGGGAUGCAAUCCUACUGCAAACUUGCAAAAAGCCUGGAUGGUCCUCGGAGGAAUACAGGGAGGACACAAAUAACUGCUACACUUUCGUUCUGACCUUCCUAGAGGCCCUGGGCUAUGGGGAGCUGAGUAAAGCCGCCCAGAAUCGAACACUCUUCUGUGAGAAGUACAUCGUGCCACGGACAACAGCAGCAGGCAAAUAUAUUUCACUCUACAGGAAAAUUCGAGACAACGGGCUGUACAUUCAUUCCCCAGCGAAUGGCAUGACUCCCAGUGGACACCAUGGGCUAGAGAAGCCAAGCUUCGGUCUUGGCGGCAAACUCUGCAGCAUUCGCGAAUGAUGCGCAUCGGCAUUUAUUUAUUCUCGCAUUUUAUAGUUAACUUCAUUCUUUUUUUAGUCUUGCGAUGUGUAAUUUAUUGACGGCGAGAGGGUGUGGGUGGUGUAUUCCCAUGAAUAUGAUAUUCGAUGUGAAAAUUGUAUUCGACACCCCCGUGCUGAUGGGGGAGAGCAAAACUCUCAAAUUAAAAGGGGUGGGGUGUGAUAAAGACAGUGUGUGGCUAAUAAAUAUUAGAUUGUUGCUUUUCACAACAGAA